GCGGGUAACAGGUCAGUUCUCUUCGGCUCGGUGAUGCAAUGAUUGUCAGGCGUGUUUUUGACUUUUGUCUCCUGUCGUGUGUGUUUUAUGGCCUAGUAGUUUGGCACGUAUGAGUGCGUGUGUGCGUGUUACCCCUCCUCCAGAGCUGUGGGGUAUUUAUACCACUAACUGCCCCACACAAUGUACAGAACAUUCAUGAGCUUCCUCAUCCUUACAGACUGACUGAUGAAGAACUGUUAGAUCAACUCUUUCCACAACAACACUAAGGACUCCCACAAGGACCCUUGAAUUCUCUCAGUUUGCUGCGCAUCAUCAGCAUCUCUCAGCAUCAUGCCUCCCCAGCUGCAGUCACAGAACCAGACCGGAACACGAGUGCUCCAGGGGGAUUUGGCAUCUCUGAGCUCAGCCCUGAGAGAGUUCAUUGAGACCAGCGUGAACCUGUGUCAGCCCGACGCCUUGCACAUCUGUGACGGUUCUGAAGAGGAGAACAGGGCCAUUCUCGCUCUGUUAGAAGUGCAGGGUGUCAUCAAGAAACUGCCCAAAUACAAUAACUGCUGGCUGGCUCGCACCGAUCCUCGCGAUGUGGCUCGUGUUGAGAGUAAGACGGUCAUUGUGACACCGGAGCAGCGAGACACGGUUCCGUCGCCCCGCGGAUGUGGGGUCAGUCAGCUAGGACGCUGGAUGUCUCAAGAAGAGUGGGACAAAGCCAUGAACCUCAGAUUCCCCGGAUGCAUGAAAGGUCGUAUCAUGUACGUGAUUCCCUUCAGCAUGGGUCCGGUCGGAUCUCCGUUGUCUAAGAUCGGAGUGGAACUGACCGAUUCUCCAUACGUGGUGGCGAGCAUGAGGAUCAUGACCAGAAUAGGCAAAUCUGUGUUGAACGUUUUGGCGAACGGAGAGUUUGUGAGAUGCCUGCAUUCGGUCGGCUGUCCUCUGCCGCUGAAGAAGCCGCUGGUGAACAACUGGCCGUGUAAUCCGGACCUGACGCUCAUCGCUCACAUCCCAGACCAGAGGAAGAUCGUGUCCUUUGGAAGUGGCUACGGUGGAAACUCGCUGCUGGGAAAAAAGUGUUUUGCGCUUCGAAUUGCCUCCCGCAUCGCCAAAGAGGAAGGGUGGCUUGCCGAACACAUGCUGAUUCUGGGCAUCACCAACCCCGCUGGACAGAAGAAAUACUUCGCAGCUGCGUUCCCGAGCGCCUGUGGAAAGACAAACCUCGCCAUGUUGAAACCCUCCUUGCCCGGAUGGAAAGUGGAGUGUGUUGGAGAUGAUAUUGCCUGGAUGAAGUUUGACAAAGAAGGAAAUCUCAGAGCCAUCAACCCGGAGAACGGAUUCUUCGGUGUGGCUCCGGGAACCUCCACCAAAACCAAUCCGAACGCCAUGGAGACCAUCGACCGAAACACCAUCUUCACCAACGUGGCGGAGACCAGCUCCGGUGGAGUUUACUGGGAAGGGAUAGAUGAGGAUAUUCCGGAGGGAGUGACGCUGAAAUCAUGGAAGAACAAACCAUGGACGACCGAGGACGGUGAACCGUGCGCUCAUCCCAACUCUCGUUUCUGCGCCCCGGCUGGGCAGUGUCCCAUCAUCGACCCGCAGUGGGAGUCACCCGAGGGCGUUCCCAUUGAAGCCAUUAUAUUCGGGGGUCGCAGGCCGCAGGGCAUCCCGCUGGUGUACGAGGCAUUCAGCUGGGCACAUGGAGUGUUUGUAGGAGCCGCGAUGAGAUCGGAAGCCACGGCCGCGGCUGAGCACAAAGAAAAGGUGAUCAUGCACGACCCCUUUGCCAUGCGACCGUUCUUCGGCUACAACUUCGGUCGGUAUCUCGCUCACUGGUUGAGCAUGGAGAAACAUCCCGACGCCAAGUUACCCAAGAUCUUUCACGUCAACUGGUUCCGGAAGAGCCAGUCCGGACGGUUCCUCUGGCCCGGGUAUGGGGAGAACAUUCGAGUACUGGAGUGGAUGUUCCGGCGGAUACACGGAGAGGCCGGGGCGAUGCCCUCCGCGGUCGGGUACGUGCCCGCAUACGACUCUCUGAAACUCAGCGGUCUGACGGAGGACGUGGAUCUGCACGAGCUUUUCGAUCUUUCACCGGAGUUCUGGACUCAGGAAGUUGAAGAUAUCAAAACGUACUUUGACCGGGAGGUUAAUGACGAUCUGCCCGAGGAGAUGGAGAGACAGCUCAAGCUGCUGGCUCAGAGAGUGAGACACCUGUGAGAAACACACGAGAAAUGAAACACUAGUCACAGUGUUUACUUUAUAGUUUGUUGAGAGGAAUAGUUUAUUAAUUGUUGUUUUAGCGGUUUUUAUUCAAGCUUUUCUUUCAUUCAAAUCUUAAAAUGUCUCAUUGCUGUAAUCCACAGAAGACGGCAGAGAAUAUCUGAUGUGUGCUCUUUAAAGAAGACUUGUGUGUAUUUAUCAUGAUAAAUUAUUGAUGUAUUAUGUCCAACUCCAUGUUUCACAUUUAUAUUCACUUUCGAGUGAAGAACUUUAAGCUAUCGAAGGUUUCCAUUCUGCUGAUUCAUGUGUGAAUGGAACCAUUUCAGUUAUCUGA